ACAUUUGUGGAUAGAAAUAGUCAAGUGUGAUCACAUUUAUAGUCAAAUAAAUGCUGCUAUAGCUUUUUUCAAAGUAUUUCUGUUGCUUAGUUUCAUAGCUGGUAAAUUAAUUGCACAAAAUCAAAGAACUUCAAAUCCUAUAUAGCCUAUUCCACCUCGCUCUGCAAUGCUGGGGGCUGGGAUAAAAAUAAAAAUAAAAUAUAUAGGACAAAACACACAUCACGACGAGAGACACCACAACAAAACAUAGAGAGAGACCUAAGACAACAACAUAGCAUGGCAGCAACACAUGACAACACAGCAUGGUAGCAACACAACAUGACAACAACAUGGUAGCAGCACAACACAAUGUUCAAACAUUUAUUGGGCACAGACAACAGCACAAAGGGCAAAAAGGCAGAGGCAACAAUAUAUCACGCGAAGCAGCAAUAACUGUCACGAAGAGUGUCCAUGAUUGAGUCUUUGAAUGAAGAGAUUGCGAUAAAACUGUCCGAGAGUGUCCGGAGUGUUUUUUGCAGCUCAUUUCAGUCGCGGGUGUUGUAUGUGGAGGAUGAGGGCAGCAGUAGAUAUUUCAGAUAGGGAGGAGUGAGGCCUAAGAGGGUUUUAUAAAUGAGCAUCAACCAGUGGGUUUUGUACCUGGUAUACAGAGAUGACCAGUUUACGGAGGAGUAUAGAGUGCAGUGUUGUGUCCUAUAAGGAGCAUUUGUGGCAAAUCUGAUGGCUGAAUGGUAAAGAACAUCUAGCCACUCGAGAGCACCCUUACCUGCCGAUCUAUAAAGCAUGUGAAGAACUAAGUGAAAUAUUCAUUUUCGGAAGCGCUGCGCACAGGCAUAAAAGUUGGUCUAAUUUACUUGAAAGGAAAGUCUACUGAAGUGAGACUUUGUCCUUGUAUUUCUUGGCUAUUUACAUUGUUCACAAUCUAGGUUGUUUCUCUAGGUUUGAGAUCAACUGCUAGGGAAGAGAAGACAACGCUUGUAAUAGUCAGACUCAAAUCUCACAGGCACAAACAUGACUCCAGUUGUGCUACCACGAUAACCUCCCUGAACAUUUCUCUGUGAUAUUUUAGUUAAAAGUCUUGGGUCAAAAAAAUAAAUAGUAUCAAUAUACACACAUUACUUCUUACUAGUAAUAUAUUUAUUGUUUUAGAAACAUUACAAAGCAUGCUCAUCAAUUUUCUUUGUUUGUGUUUUCUUGGUGUAAUUUUAGCAGGCUGGUGGACCAAAACAUUUAUUUUAUGCCCCGAUUGUAACCUAAAAGCACCUGUUUGUUACACACAAUACGCAACGUAGCUCUCGCUCCCACACCCUCCUUUUCUUGACCUCCUUUUUAUUGUUAUUAUUACAAUUGUAAUUACAAUCAUUGUUAUAAUAAUAAGUAAUGUCAUUAUCAUUAGUAGUCUUAGUAUAGUAGCCUUGUAUAACCACCAUCGAGCUGUAUGGCCUAAGAGGGCGUCGUACAAUCAUUCAUUCGUUCAUGUCAUCACACAGCAUACAAGUCAUUCAUGUUUUGAAAUGCAAUCAAGUAUUUUAGUUUACAAAUGAUAUAACAACGGGAUUCUCGAAUAAUUAGCCAAAACAACAAAUGAAAUGCAACAUGUCAGCAAUUGCAUUCACGGAUGCAUGCAACUGUUUUUAGUCUUUGCAGUAAUAAUUGCAUUCAAAAAAAUCCCCGUUAGAACAGACUCUCUGGUACACGUAAUUUAUUUAGCAUUAUUUACACUGUUCCAAUUAGAGGUCGACUGAUUAUGAUUUGUCAACGCCGAUACCGAUUAUUGGAGGACCAAAAAAGCAGAUACCGAUUAAUCGGCCGAUUUAUAAAAAAUAAAAAUAAAAAUAAAAAAAAAUAAAAAAAACGAAUUGUAUUUGUAAUAAUGACAAUUUACAACAAUACUGAAUUAACAGUUAUUUUAACUUAAUAUAAUACAUCAAUAAAAUCAAUUUAGCCUCAAGUAGAUAAUGAAACAUGUUCAAUUUGGUUUAAAUAAUGCAAAAACAAAGUGUUGGAGAAGAACGUAAAAGUGCAAUAUGUGCUAUGUAAGAAAGCUAACGUUUCAGUUCCUUGCUCAGAACAUGAGAACAUAUGAAAGCUGGUGGUUCCUUUUAACAUGAGUCUUUAAUAUUCCCAGGUAAGAAGUUUUAGGUUGUAGUUAUUAUAGGAAUAUUUCCCUCUAUGCAAUUUGUAUUUCAUUAACCUUUUGACUAUUGGAUGUUCUUGUAAGCACUUUAGUAUUGCCAGUGUAACAGUAUAGCUUCCGUCCCUCUCCUCACUCCUCCCUUGGCUCGAACCAGCAACACAACGACAACAGCCACCACAUCGAAGCAGCGUUAACCAUGCUGAGCAAGGGAAACAACCACCCCAAGGCUCAAACAACUCACCCCAAGGCUCAGUCGAAGGCACUCGCUGGCUCAAGUCAUUUGUGUGUCUUAAUUAUUUAAUCAAACGGUGUGUUUAAAGUAUCAAACAAGCUCAGUGCAUAUAGUUGAUUUUAUAUGGAAAAAUACACUAACAAUUAGUCGAAAGAGCAGACUACUUUCGGGCGACCAAGAUUUCUUUGUAGUGCAGAUCAGGGACACAUGAUGACAUUCUGUUACCGCAAUUCCGUUACCAUGUGUAAAUCCAGUUCACUUACUCUCGUUCAAUAACCAACGGAGAUUUUUUGAAAGCCAUUGUGUCAUGUUAUAGAGGACACCCCAUUCUUUAUGCAGACAUCGUUGAAUCUUACUUCAGAGUUUAAUUCAGAGCAGAUAUUUUACACAUUUUUGGAAAACAUGGGCACAUAAUCUGAGGGAGAUUUUAAGGAAUUCUAUUACCAAACUUUUCAUCUGCUCAGUUCUUCCAGUAAAUGUGUUUUUGUCAAAUGUUCAGUGUAAUUUGUUAAAAGUAGUCCUUGUGCAGAGAGUUGUAUGAUUUUGUUAAACUUUGAAAUCAAUGGUUUUUGUUUGGCAUACAAUUUAAAUGAAAUUCAAUUACCAUGGAAUUGCCCAGUAGCUAGCUGCAAAUUCACACAGCAUAUCUGGUUGUUUUUGUUGCCUGAUUCCGUUUUCUGUUUUAUUUUUCCAGGUUUCAGUUUCCGCUCUCAAAAUCACACUUAAAAAAUAAAAGGAUGUUCUUAGUGCGCAACAAUGCUUAAAUCACAUCAGAAGACCACAACAAUUGAAGAAAUGUUGUUUUUGGGUGGAGUUGCCCUUUAAUUCAACUGUACACCAACCUGAGACGGUUGUUUGCGGUCGGGAGAUGUGAGGAACAGUCGGAGAGCGACGACAUUGAGCAAACCUGUGCAUCGACACGACUCCCCCACCCCCAUCUUCAGCAUGAAUGGGGAUAUGCCUCAUGUUCCCAUUACUACUCUUGCUGGGAUCGCUAGCCUUACAGACUUGUUAAACCAGCUGCCCCUGCCAUCCCCUCUCCCUGCCACCACCACUAAGAGUUUGCUGUACAAUGGGAGGAUCGCGGAGGAGGUCAACUGUCUGCUGGCCUGCCGGGAUGAGAACCUGGUGUCCCAGCUGGCUCACAGCCUCAACCAGGUUUCCACCGAGCACAUAGAGCUGAAGGACAACCUGGGCAGUGAUGACCCGGAGGGUGACGUGCCUGUGCUGCUGCAGACAGUGCUCUCUAGGAACCCCAACAUCUUCAGGGAGAAAAAUAUAAUGCAGCAGCCAAUAAUGCCGCAGUACAAGAUGUCCCAGAAUUCCAUGCAUGGGAGUCCGGCGUCGACAAACUACCAGCAAUCCACUAUCUCACACAGCCCUUCUAGUCGCUUUGCAUCUCCACAGAUGGGGUCUGGCGCUAGGUUCACGCCCCAGCAGAACAGCCCUGUGUCUAGCCCUUACGCCCCCCAAAGCCCUGCAAGUUACAUGCAGCAGUACCCUCACCCCCCCAGCUAUUCUCAGCACCAACAGAUCCAGCAAGAGCUGCAUGGUUCCCCUGUCGUUCCGGCUGCACCCUCUUAUUCAGGAAGCCCCAAGAGGCCUGUGCAGCCCUGCCUAGAGGUGCAGACCCAGCCCCAGGCCUCCCCCCACCAGAACCCCUCCACCCCAACCUUAGUUGCCAGUCCCGUGGUUCCUGCUAGCAUGCGGAACAUCCACGACAACAAGGUCUCCGGGCAAAUUUCAAGCAACUCAGCCAAUCACAAUGCCAGACAUGGCUCGAACGAAGACUACAUGAACAUAGUCCACAGACUAGGGAAUGAGGAGAGUGAUCCUUCCAUGAGAAAUGCCUCCUUCCCGCUCCGAUCGCCCCAGUCUGUUUCUUCCCCUGUGGGCAGUGAAGGGACCCCAAAAGGGUCACGACCUGGCCUCAUUCUGCAAUCCCCUCCACCUUAUGCUCCCCCCCGUGACGCCGCUCCCGACCUCCUCCUGGACUCUCCUGACCACAAGAAGAAGCAGAAGAAGCUAACUAAAGAGGAGAAAGAGCAGUUGGAAAAAGCUGCCAUGUACGACAUCGUUAGCUCUCCCUCUAAAGACUCCACCAAGCUGACCCUCAAACUGUCCCGGGUGAAGUCCUCUGAGUUGGACCAGUCCGGAGAGCUCCUAUCCGGGGUAGAGGACCAGGACACUGACCUGGCCUACAACAGCCUGCAGUUCUCCCGGACGCAGCAGGACCCUGCCCACAGGUUAGCCCCGGGCCAGGGGGAGCAGUCAGGCUACCAGCAGGUCCCUGUGCUCCAGAACACCAAACAGGCAAUAGGGGUGAUCAGCGGAGCUGUGUACGACGAUGCUGAGAUGGACGCUCUCGCUGAGAUCGAGAGGAUAGAACGAGAGACGCUCAUAGAAAGGGAGCGCUGCUCCAAAGAGGUGCAGGAUAAAGACAAGCCACUGAAGAAGCGGAAGCAGGACUCGUAUCCCCAGGAGCCUGGCGCUGGUGGGACAGCGGGGGCAACUCAGCCUGGCGUGGGAGGGGGCAAUGUUGGCAGCAAGUUGGCACCCCAGGAGGCUAGUGCAGCCAGUAAUGGUGCCAGCCGGCCAGCCCUAAUGGUCAGCAUCGACCUGCAGCAAGCAGGCAGAGCUGACGGGCAGCCAGAGGUGAACAUGGGCACCCCCACCCCAGCCGUGGAGGCCCGGCGCUGGCCCGAGGAACGCCUGGGUCCAGAGGAAGGCUCAGACACUACCGGAGUCCUGCGGCUAAAGUCCAAGACGGAUGGAGAGCGACUACAGACUGCAGACGGCCGGCCAGAGGUCAUCAAGCAGCGCGCCGACACCCCCAAGAAGCUGGGCCCCGACGGCCGACCGGAGACCCCUAAACACAAGCACGAAAACAGAAGAGACUCGUCCAAACACAGACACGACGGAAAACCUGACAAUGGCAAGGCCCGACCUGACAGCAGGACGCCUGACACGCCACGACAACGGCACGAGGGCCGCUCAGACUCUGGUCACAGGGAAGAGAGGUCUCGGGACAGCGACCCAUCCCGUAUCCGCAGGCCAGAGACCCCCAGCAAGUCCAGCAGAGGGGAACACGACUCCAAACAUGGACGGGACAGAGACAGGGAGCGGGCGGAUAAAGACAGGGAGAGGAAACACAGGACAGAGGCAGGGGAACCACGGGACCGCCGGUCUCCAGAGCAGCGCUCCAGGCCAGAGAGCCCGCGGGUUAAGCAGGAGGGACGAGGGGUGGUGGACCCCAGUGGGCGCCAGAGGACUGACCGGCCAUGCCCCAACCUCAAACCCCCUAAUAAAGAGGAGAGGAGGAGCGGGGAGGAGAAGAGGAGUGGGGACGGCAGCAGGAACCGACAGGACUCCAAGCAGCAACAGCAGCCUGUUGAAAGCAAACAGGAGUUCCCUGCCUACCUUCUAGGGGGGGUAAAGUCUGGAGGCUUUAAGAACUUUGUGAUUCCCAAGAUGAAGCGGGAUAAGGAUGGGCAUGUGUUGGCAGCUGAGAUGAGGAAGCCUGGGUCUGGUCUGGGGCCUGUAAUGGAGGGCUGGAGCGAGCCCCGGGUCAAGCUGGAGCGACUGGGACUGGUAGAGGAGAUGAAGACAGGAGCCAAACCUGUUGUGGUGCUGCAGAAACUCAGCAUCGACGAGGUGCAGAAAAUCAUCAGGGAAAGAGAGGACAGGAACGCACGCGGCUCCAAGUCCUCCAAGAGCAGACACUCACAUGAGAAGUCUGGGAAAGGAGGUCUUGAUGAAUCAGUGUUGAAAGAACUGCCUCCUCAUCUCAUUGCUGAGAUAGAGUCCACCAUGCCACUGUGUGAGAGAGUGAAGAUGAACAAACGCAAGCGCAGCACCGUCAACGAGAAGCCCAAGUACGCCGAAGUCGACUCCGACGACUCAGACGACGACUCUGUCACGGAGUCUGCACGGAAGCGUCACAAGAAGGAGCGAGAAAAGACGUGGGCGCCUGAUGAGCGGGAGAGGAGAGGCUCAGGAGAGCACCGGAGGAGUAGUGGGGGCUCCCAGGAGCGGCGCAAGGGAUCUGGCAGGCGCUACCGAGAACGCAGCCCGGAGGAAUCGGAUGAGGAAUCCCCACCACCCAGCAUGAGUGACCUUGCCAGAAAGAUGAAGAAGGAGAAACAGAAGAAGAGGAAGUCAUACGAGCCCAAGCUGACACCAGAAGAACUGAUGGACUCCUCCACGUUCAAGAGGUUCUCAGCCAGUGUGGACAACAUUCUGGAGAGCUUGGAGGACAUUGACUUCAACGCCAUGGAUGAUGAUGAGAUCCCACAGGAGCUUCUGCUGGGGAAACACCAGCUGAGCGAGCUGGGCAGCGAAUCUGCUAAGAUCAAGGCCAUGGGCAUCACCUUCAGGCUUCCAUCUGAUAAGUUGGUGAAGGUCCUGAACAUCCUGGAGAAGAACAUUCAGGACGGUUCCAAGCUCUCCACACUGAUGAACCAUGACGCAGACGCAGAAGACGAGGAGCGGCUGUGGCGUGACCUCAUCAUGGAGCGCGUGACCAAGUCUGCUGACGCCUGUCUGACGGCCCUCAACAUAAUGACGUCGUCCCGCAUGCCCAAGGCUGUGUACAUCGAGGACGUGAUUGAGAGGGUGCUGCAGUACACCAAGUUUCACCUGCAGAACACCCUCUACCCUCAGUAUGACCCUGUCUACAGAGUGAACCCUCAUGGAGGUGGCUAUCUGAGCUCCAGGGCUAAGAGAGCUAAAAGCUCCACACACAAGCAGAGGGUGAUCAUCAUGCUCUACAACAAGGUGUGUGACAUCGUCAGCAACAUCUCUGAGCUCCUGGAGAUCCAGCUGUUGACGGACACCACCAUCCUACAGGUCUCCUCCAUGGGCAUCACUCCAUUCUUUGUGGAGAGUGUCAGUGAGCUACAGCUGUGUGCCAUCAAACUAGUGACCGCGGUGUUCUCUCGCUAUGAGAAGCACAGGCAGCUCAUCCUGGAAGAGAUCUUCACCUCUCUGGCCAGAUUACCCACCAGCAAACGCAGCCUCAGGAACUUCAGGCUGAACAGCAGUGAUAAGGAUGGGGAGCCCAUGUACAUCCAGAUGGUCACAGCUCUGGUGCUUCAGCUCAUCCAGUGUGUGGUGCACCUCCCCAGCAACAGGGACAGUCACGACGAUGAGUACAACAAGAAGGUGGAUCAAGAUGUCCUGAUCACUAACUCUUAUGAGACGGCCAUGAGAGCAGCUCAGAACUUCCUGUCCGUCUUCCUAAAGAAGUGUGGCAGUAAGCAGGGAGAGGAGGACUACCGGCCGCUGUUUGAGAACUUUGUCCAGGACCUGCUGUCUACGGUGAACAAACCAGAGUGGCCAGCUUCAGAGCUUCUCCUCAGUCUGCUGGGACGUCUACUGGUGCACCAGUUCAGUAAUAAGCAGACGGAGAUGGCUCUGAGGGUGGCAUCGCUUGACUACCUGGGCACGGUCGCUGCCCGCCUGCGCAAAGACGCAGUCACCAGCCAGAUGGACCAGCGCUCCAUUGACCGCAUCCUCAAAGAGACCCAAGGCAAUGAUGAGACCCAGCAGCUACAGAAAGCCCUGCUGGCCUACAUGGAUGAGAACGCAGAGACGGAUCCAUCUCUCGUUUUUGCCAGGAAGUUCUACAUAGCUCAGUGGUUCAGGGACACUUUGACAGAGACAGAAAAGGCCAUGAAGUCUCAGAACCAGCGAGGGGACGAGGACUCUUCUGAAGGCCAGCAUCACGCCAAGGACAUCGAGAGCACUGGCGAGAUCAUGCAGAGAGCUGAGGCCCGCAAGAAGUACCUCCGCAACAUCAUCAAGACCGCGCCCUCGCAGUUCAGCACACUGAGGAUGAACUCUGACACUGUGGACUAUGACGACUCCUGCCUGAUUGUCAGAUAUUUGGCCUCUAUGAGGCCGUUCGCGCAGAGCUUCGAUAUUUAUUUAACACAGAUCCUGAGAGUGCUGGGGGAGAGUGCCAUAGCUGUCAGAACUAAAGCCAUGAAGUGUUUGUCUGAGGUGGUGGCUGUAGACCCCAGUAUUCUAGCCAGGUUGGACAUGCAGCGUGGGGUCCAUGGUCGUCUGAUGGACAACUCCACCAGUGUUCGCGAGGCUGCAGUGGAGCUGCUGGGACGCUUUGUGCUGAGCAGACCCCAACUCACAGAGCAGUACUACGACAUGCUGAUCGAGAGAAUACUGGACACGGGUAUCAGUGUGAGGAAGAGGGUGAUCAAGAUCUUGAGAGACAUCUGUCUGGAGCAACCCACCUUCAACAAGAUCACUGAGAUGUGUGUCAAGAUGAUCCGCAGGGUCAACGACGAGGAGGGCAUCAAGAAACUUGUGAAUGAGACCUUCCAGAAACUCUGGUUCACCCCUACACCCAAUCACGAUAAAGACGCCAUGACCCGUAAGAUCCUCAACAUCACAGACGUGGUGUCUGCAUGCAAAGAUACAGGCUAUGACUGGUUUGAGCAGCUGCUUCAAAACCUGCUGAAGACGGAGGAAGAUGCUUCCUAUAAACCAGCCAGAAAGGCCUGCGUUCAGCUGGUGGACAAUCUAGUGGAACACAUCCUCAAAUACGAAGAGUCUCUCGCUGAUAUUGAGAACAAGGGGGUGAACUCUAAUCGUCUGGUGUCUUGCAUCACCACCCUCUUCCUGUUCAGUAAGAAUCGAGCCCAGCUGAUGGUCAAACAUGCCAUGACCAUGCAGCCUUACCUCACCACCAAGUGCAACACCCAGAGUGACUUCAUGGUGAUCUGUAACGUGGCCAAGAUCCUGGAGCUGGUUAUCCCUCUGAUGGAGCACCCCUCUGAGACCUUCCUCACCACCAUAGAGGAAGACCUGAUGAAGCUCACCAUCAAAUACGGCAUGACGGUUGUGCAACACUGUGUGAGCUGUCUUGGCGCUGUCGUGAACCGGGUCACUCACAACUACAAGUUUGUUUGGGCUUGUUUCAACCGUUACUAUGGUGCCCUGACCAAGCUGAAGACCCAGCACUCAGAGGAUUGCAACAACCCUGUUCUGGCUGCUAACAAACCGGCCUUGCUGCGCUCGCUGUUCACUGUGGGGGCGCUCUGUCGCCACUUUGACUUUGACCAGGAGGAGUUCAAGGGGCCCAGCAAGGUUGUGAUAAAGGACAAAGUGAUGGAACUUCUGCUGUACUUCACCAAACAUGAAGAUGAGGAAGUUCAGACCAAGGCCAUCAUUGGUCUAGGCUUCCAGUUCAUCCAGUACCCAGGGCUGAUGUUCAUGCAGGAUGUGAAGACUCUGUACAACGGCAUCCUGUCGGACAGGAAGAGCUCCGUCAACCUGAAGAUCCAGGUGCUGAAGAACCUGCAGACAUACCUGCAGGAGGAGGAUUCUCGCAUGCAGGAGGCCGACCAACAGUGGAAGAAGCUGUCGAAGCAGGAGGACCUGAAAGAGAUGGGGGACAUCUCGUCAGGCAUGAGCAGCUCCAUCAUGCAGCUGUACCUGAAGCAGGUGCUGGAGGCCUUCUUCCACACACAGUCCAACGUACGACACUUUGCCCUCAAUGUCAUCGCCCUGACGCUCAACCAGGGCCUCAUCCAUCCUGUGCAGUGCGUGCCCUACCUGAUUGCCAUGGGAACGGACCCAGAACCCACCAUGAGGAACAAGGCUGACCAGCAGCUGGUGGAGAUUGAUAAGAAGUACACCGGCUUCAUCCAUAUGAAGGCCGUGGCGGGGAUGAAGAUGUCCUACCAGGUACAGCAAGCUAUCUGGUCAGCUAAGGGUACGGUGAUCCGUGGCUACCGGCAGGACGAGACCACCUCGGCCCUCUGCGCCCACCUCUUCUCUAUGGUCCGAACCAACCGGCAGCACCGACGAGCCUUCCUCAUCUCACUGCUCAACCUGUUUGAUGACAGCUCGAAGAUUGAGGUAAACAUGCUCCUGUACAUAGCAGACAACCUGGCCUGUUUCCCCUACCAGAGCCAGGAGGAGCCCCUGUUCAUCAUGCACCACAUAGACAUCACCCUGUCUGUGUCCGGCAGCAACCUGCUGCAGUCCUUCAAGGAGUCCCUUCUCAAAGAGCCGAGGCGGCGGGAGAAGAAGCAGAAAGAGAGGAAGUACCACUCGGAAGAGGAUAACUCUGAAGAAGAGGGGCGUCACAGCAGCCGCUCCAACAGCAGUGACGAUGAGGUGGUCCACAGGCCCAAGAAGCCCAAACACCGGGCCCAGGCCCACGUGGAGUCUGACUCUGACUCUGACCUGGAGAUGGAGGACUUGGACAAGGUGAUGCAGCGUCUGCCUGACAACCCCAUCCCCCUGUUGGACUUUGCCAAUGCCUCGCAGGGUAUCCUUCUGCUGCUGGUUCUCAAGCAGCACCUAAAGAACCUCUAUGGCUUCUCAGACAGUAAAAUCCAGAAGUACUCUCCGACGGAAUCGGCUAAGGUGUACGAGAAGGCUGUGAACAGGAAGAGUCACGUACACUUCAGCCCACGUCAGACAUUGGAUUUUUUAACCUCUGACCUGGCCAACGUUGAACUGACCUACGACAUCAAGAGGAGGAUCGUCAAACAGUACCUAGAUUUCAAGUUACUGAUGGAGCACUUAGACCCUGAUGAAGAGGAUGAGGAAGGCGAGGCGUCGGCCAGCGCUAACGCCAGAAACAAAGCCAUCACUUCACUGCUGGGAGGGUCCAGCCACCAGGACCACAAGAACCACCAUCAGGCUCCUAUAGAGACGGACGACGACGAGAGCGACGGAGACGAGAAAACCCCAGGGUUAUCACGAAGAUCCAGGAAGCACGGCGACUCUGCGGAGGCAUCAGGUCACAUGAACGAGACGGUAGGUUCCAUGGACGUCAUCGCCCUCUGCUGCCCCAAGUACAAGGACCGGCCACAGAUCGCCCGCGUCAUCCAGAAGACCAACACGGGCUACAGGGUGCACUGGAUGGCUGGGUCCUACUCUGGAGUCUGGGCUGAGGCUAAGAAACGGGACGGACGCAAAACUGUGCCUUGGGUGGACACUAUCAAGGAGUCGGACAUUAUUUACAAGAAAAUACCCUUGACGAGUGCACACAAGCUGACGAACAGAGUGGUGCAGACUUUACGGUCACUGUACUCAGCCAAGGACGGAACUUCCUAAUCGACUCUACGGUUACUCUCAGACAGAUAAACUCUUUGCAGCCAAACUCUCUUAUGAGGAACCAACGUUUUUCUAAUACAGAAAAUACAAAAAAUACUACAGACACGCAAAACAUGAAAUGUAAGCACGAGAUAGAGAGCAAGUAUUGUGAACUUUUGGUCUGUGAUGAACAUUUAAUCUGGAUCCAGGAUAUGUUUAAGUUAAACAGAAAAAACACAAGAAGGAAAUGUUUGGAAAACAUUGUGUGGGAGCUCCUUCGCUGUUGUGCAGCAAACUCGGUUGUUUGAUUUUCCCACUGUAUCAUAGUUUAACAAAAAAAAUGACAAAAAUGUUUAUAUCGCUGACAAAAAUUCUGUUUAAAAAAAUAAACAAAGUGAAUGUUGAAAAUUAGUCUGUUAAUGUUCUUAAUAAAGUGUUCUUGGAGUUUAACCUAGCACCGGAUGGAUUUAUUUAGCUUAGUUUCCAGGGAAGCUACUUUUAAAACUUUUACCUUUUUAUUUUGUUUUAUUCCCUUUUGUUUACCCAUGCUGUACAAUGGAGUCUCUUGGAUAUAAUUUAUUCAGUUGAAAGCGAAGCAUGCAGUAUAUGUGGCCUACAUGCAGGGGAGUUUUUUGUAAAUUUAGAUUUUGAUGUAUUAGGUCACCCAAGAGAACUAAAAGGCAUCCCCAGCACUUCUGGCGGAGCAAAUACUGCAAUAAAUUUUUUUACUUCUCUUUGUUA